AUGUCUUCUUCACUGUUAUUCGAUGAAACAGCUUAUGAGAAGCUUUCUGAAGUCAAAAAGCCUAUAUUUGUCUUUGAUUGGCUGUGUUCUUUAGAGACCCGGUUGUUGACCGAAAACAAAACUGUCAUCAAAGAAUGCCAAGAAGAUUUAGUGCAGCAGUUGCUAUCCCAUUUGACACAUGCACCUGGUCGUCCAACACACAAAUUACUUGGUCGUUGUUUUGCAAAUCUUUUCUUGGUUGGGGACUCUCUCCUCCUUUACACUGCAGUUAACACAUGCAACGCGCUUCUCAAAAGUCGUGAAGAUGGACCUGCUUGUAUCAAUAGUCGACUAGCCGCAUUGAGCUGCCUUGGAGCGAUAUAUAAACGUCUCGGACGAAUGAUUGGUCGUACUUUUGAAGACAGUGUUAUCAUAAUGGCGAAGCUUAUCAAGCAGUCUGAGUCUCAAGUUCGCUGUGAAACUAUGAAUACGUUUUGCAGUUUGAUUGAAGGCGUUGGUUCAGCUAGUGCUGUAUGUCAUAAGGAAAUAUAUAAAGCAGCGAAAAUCUGUAUGACAGACCGUGUACUUUAUGUGCGUGUUGCAGCUGCGAAGUGUCUCUACUUCUUAGUAGAUCAUUCGCAUACAAUUCAUACCAGUGAAUUAGAGGCCACAGUCAGUCUAUGUCUUCGAUGCAUGGAUGGAGCUAAUUAUGCAACUCGUAUUGAAGCCUCACGAACUCUUGGUCAUCUAUUGGCAAAAACUCAGCGUAAAAAAGUCAAUGAUCCAGGAUCUGAUGCAUCUAAUAGUGGUUCUACUGGAGCAUCGAGUAAUUCACGAAAUAAAACUGUUACGUUGACAGAUGCAUUGUCAUUAUUGUCUUCAGGAUUUUUGAAAGGUCCAGGUGGAUUUUUAAAAGGAACCAGUGCUACUGAUAUGAUUAAAGGGACUAGUCCAGUGAAUCGAGAAGUUCGUGUUGGUGUGACCUAUGCUUAUAUUGAAUUUAUUGUCGAGAUGGGACCGCAAUGGUUUGAAUCCAACCUGUCAACUAUCCUUACACAUUUAGUCAAUCUACUUUUAAUCCCACGAGCUACACCAACUCAUGUUGAAGCAAUAUGCGCACGUCAGUGUAUACAAUAUCUGCUGGGUACUGUAUUUCGACAUCUUUUAUCAGAAUCUGUUCAGUUGGUUGCAAUCAGUGAACUAGUGAAAAUUCUAACAUUUCAUUUACAAUUCUUACAAAAUUUACAUAUGAAUGAAUAUUCAGCGAGUAGUGGUGGUGAUGUUUUUUGCCAGCAGAUAUUCUCUUCAUCCUCUUCGUCUUCAACAAUUACGCCUGUUGGCGGUAGCGGUGGCGGUGCUGGUAAUAGUGGAAGUAAUAUCAAUGAGUCUACAGAUGCCUUAUCGAAUGAUAUAUUCAAUGAGACUACAUUAGGAAAUAAUAAUAAUAAUAAUAGUACUGAUGAAAUCAACGGUGAUGAUUAUCAAACCUCUGUUACUGGUACUCAUAAUUUGGAUAGUUUUACUGAACCCGAUAAUGGGAAAAUAAGACGAGCAUUUGGACUUCAAAGUUCAACGGCGGGCAAUUCAACAACAACAACAACUACUACUGCUGCUGUCGGUAGUAGUAGUUCACGUUCGAACAACAGGGAACAACAACAUCAGCAUUUAGUUAUUUGUGUGUUAGACAUCAUCAGUCAAUUGAUACGUUGGUUAGAUUCAUUAGUUGUUCAACUUUUGGAUCAACCGACUCAAUUAGCUAAUGUACUCUGUACAUGUUUAACGCAUCCAGUGCAUGGUGUUCGUCUAGCAGCUGCAUCAUGCUUACGUCAGCUGGUUAUUGUUGUGCCAAGUCAACGUAUCCCUUUAUUGAAUCGAUGUUUAUUAUGCGUACAACAAUCGUAUAGAUAUAAUGCUGAUACACUAUUAGGUGUAACUUGUGGUAUAACUGGACUGUUAGCCGGUGUAAAUUGUUCUUUACUCGGUUUACCUAAUAAUAUGCCUAAACAGAUGUUUAGUUUAGCUGAAGACUUACUACGUGCAGCCAAUCAGAAUAGUCGGUUUACAUUGGCUCGUACACAAAGUGGCUGGAGUUUAUUAGCUGCUUGUAUAACACUUGGACCAAAUAUUGUCAAAUCGCAUUUACCUCGAAUAUUUUUAUUUUGGCGUAAUGCAUUCCCACGUAGUUUACGUGAAUUAGAAGCAGAAAAACAACGUGGUGAUGCUUUUACUUGGCAGGUGAUGCUUGAAUCACGAGCUGGUGCAUUAUGCUCAAUACAAAGUUUUCUAGAAUAUUGUUCCCAGCUGCUUACCGAUGACAUCAUCCAUCGUCUCUUAUCACUUAUUGAAUGUGCAUUGAAUAUGCUUGCACAAAUGAAUGAUAUAGUACGUAUAUAUGGGAAUCAUUUAAAGCUAACAGCUGGUUUUAUACGCCUUAGAUUAUAUCGAAUUUUGCUAUUACUACCGUCAACCGCUUAUACUGCAUUUAUACACCACUUAUGGCAAACAAGUCUCAAUCAACGAGGUAAUGCCAGAUCAAUCUAUCCUGGCUCCUAUAGUACAGUGUUACGUGAAUUAGUGGCUGAAUUUACACUGACAGAUAAUAUGGCGAAUACAACAACUUCUAUGUUCAGAGCAUUAUGUCGUUCUGAGGAUAGUGUAACACUGGCCUCGUGUUUACAGGACACUGAUCAAAGAUUAUUAGAAGAACAGCUACAACCUACUGCUUUGAACAACUCCCCUGGUUCACUGGAACAUGAUCCGGCUUAUUUAUAUCUACGAGAUGGUGUGGCUAGUGUAUUAGCUACUGAUGUAAUAUUUACGAAUCUAUCUAAUACAGAGGAUGAGUUUAAUGAAAAUGCAGCACUGACAGCGGGAACAUUGUUUCAUGGUCCAUCCGAUAUUAUGUCGACUAGUGGAAUAUUAUUCUCUACUACUUCGAAAUUUCACAAUAUCAAUUCUACAUGUUGUGACAGUAAUAAUCCGCUCCUAGCAUUCAGUCAUAAUUCUAGUCAUUAUUUCUCGAAUACCUCGUUAUCAUACGCCUUACAGUUGACUGGACCUAUGCCUGUUAAUGUUGCUGUGAUAGACGCUUCAAUUGAAUUAUUUGGUCGUUUAUUCGCCUGUGUCUCUAUUCGUCAUCGUAUUCAAAUGUUAGAGCAUUUCGCCGAGUGUAUUCGUCUGACAAAGUCAAUUCGUCAAGAAGCUGUACAAAUCAAUGUAUUCGCUGGCCUGUUGAGUGCGCUACGAUACCUAGCUGAAACGAAACUACCAUUCGGUGAUGAUCCACAGCUUAGAAAAGCGACUACAAAUUUAAUAUUUUCUAGAUUAUAUGGAUAUCCGUAUCCACAGAAUCCUUCCUUGAUCAAUGGAUUACAAAGGAGUAUUGUCUACGAUGCUACUUUAACCAGUCCAAGCGUUCUACUACGUUGUGUUGCUGGUGAAUGUCUUGGAAGGUUAGCUCAAGUUGUCGGUGAAUCAAGCCUCUUAGCUGAAUUAGCUCAACAAAUUUUUGAACGUUUACGUACAAUUCGUAAUCCUGUUGCAAGAGCUGGUCAUUGUUUAGCUAUUGGUUGUCUGCAUCGUUAUGUUGGUGGUUUAGCGUCUAGACAACAUUUAAGCUCAAGUGUUGGUGUUCUUUUGGCUAUAGCUCAAGAUUCUAGUGUACCAGAAGUUCAAGUAUGGGCUUUACAUUCUCUUGCAUUAGUAGCAGAUUCAGGCGGUCCAAUAUUUAGAGAAUAUGUUGAACCAAGUUUAAAUUUAGUAUUACAACUACUGUUGAAAGCACCUAGUGCUAUGCAUGAAAUACAAAGAGGUCUUGGUCGUUUAUUUGCUGCUUUAAUAACCACUUUAGGACCUGAAUUACGUGGUACCGGUGCUAUUAUCACGUCUGUUCGACAUUCAUGUCUACUGUGUUGUUUAAUUAUGCGUGAUUCACCGGAUGCAUUGCUACAGGCUGAAGGUGUAGCCUGUCUACAACAAUUACACAUGUUUGCACCAAUGCAUGUUAAAUUAGCCGGUUUAGUGCCUGAAUUACAGGCAAGUUUGACUAGUUCCCACUUAGUUCUAAGACGUGCAGCCUUAUCGUGUUUAAGACAGUUAAGUCAAAAAGAAGCUAUGGAUUUGUAUGGAUAUAUGACACGAUCAACACUACCAUCAUCAUCAGAUGACAUACUUCCACCUGCUUUAUCAACCCUAUCAACUUUAUCCAAUAAAGACGACAGUACUAGUAAUAAUAAUGGAGAUGUGUCAAAGACGACUGAUUUCACUAAUUGUAAUACAAAACUAGAGUUACAACUGUUCAGUUUGUUAGAUGUUGAAAUGGACUAUCAACUUCGUCGAGAUAUUCAAGAUACAUUGAUUGGAAUGCUGCAUGCAACUGGUACAUCACAUCUAACGCAUUGGUUUUCAAUUCUGAGGGAGGUGUUGCAGGUUUCCACUACACUGAGACCUGAUAUAGUCAAUAAUCAAACUGUUGACACCAUCAAAAUGACAAAGUCUCGGCGCAAGUCAUCAUCAAAUCCAAAAGAUAAUCUAAGCAAUAAUAAUAUAGAUAUAUCACAACGAAAUGGUAUUAAUACUAUUGAAGAAGGCGGCAGUGUCGUUGAACCGGGUGAUGUUGACAACGAUGAUGAUGCUGAUGAAGAAGAAGAUGUUGACGUGAACUUUAAACCGAAACAAAUCAGUCAAGAAGUUAAUCAAUUAUUUUGUGUUAAAAUUACAGCCAGAUCUUCGACAAAAAUAUUCGCAAUCAGCUGUUUACGUGUCCUUAUCUCCAGUUGUGCUAAACUGUGCAAUGCUUCACUGUUAACUGAGAAUUACCAAUCCAAUCAAAUAUCAUCAAUGAAUAAUUAUUAUGAUGAGACAAGUGAUGUAAUCGUUAAUCCUAGUUCAGUGGCUCACUUUGAUCUAGCUAAGGCUAGAGCGCUUCGUUCACAAUCAGGCAAAUCUGAUUGGCUUAUUCUCUAUCUCUCAGAUUUAAUUCGUAUAGCUUUUAUGUCAGCCACCUCAGAAAGUGAUCGUCUGCGUAUCACAGGUUUAAAGUUGAUGCAAGAUGUUGUUCAGCGGUUUUCUCCAGUACCAGAUCCAGACUAUCCAGAUCAUAUUAUUCUGGAACAGUAUCAAGCUCAAGUGUCUGCUGCAUUACGACCUGCUUUUAUAUCUACCUCAUUAUCAUCAUCGAUGGAUUCAUCAGAGAAUACUACUACAAUUACAGAAGUGUCCACGCCAAGCAUUUCUACUUCAUCCAGUAGUGUACAGUCUAAUCCUGAACUGCUUUCUAUAGCUUGUCAAGUUUGUAGUACAUGGAUCACUUCUGGAGUUGGUCGUGAUCCAGAAGAUUUACGUCGUGUACAAGAUCUAUUGAAACAAGCAUUGAAUAAAUUGAAACUUGAUCAACCAACUAAAGAAGAUCAUUCAUUAUCAUCUCAAUGGAUGUCAGAAAAUUCGACAAUUGUUGAAAGAUUAUCGAUUUUAGCUGCUUGGGCUGAAAUUUAUAUUGUAACCGCUGGACAGGCUAAAAAGUUCGGAGGUAAACUACACCAGAAACAACAUCUAGAAACAAGUCAGUCACAGGCGUUAGAUGAAGACCAGCAGCCUAUAGAUGAAUCAGAUGAAAUGAAUGCUAGUGAGAAUGAAGAUGAAUCCGAUUAUAGCAUGAUCAUAAAAGGGAUAUCAUUAGAGGAUAUAUUAUCUACUGCUACUACUAGUACUACCACUGCUGCUACCACAACUCCAAGUAGAUCGAUUCAUCAAUUAUUAGUAAAAUGGAUUCAACCUAUCCUGCCAGGUUUAAGUCAAGCUUGGUUAAGUGCACUAAAAGACUAUGCCUAUAUGUGUCUACCAGACAAUUUAUCAAAUCAGCAGCAGCAGUCAAGUGAUGGGACAAAAAAUUCAUCUGAUCACCACUUCAAUAUAAAUAUUAAUAAUAGCAAUAAUCUUGAUCAGAUACGCGUAUAUUAUGCACGUUAUUGGCCAUGUAUGACGUAUGCACUUGCAUUAUGGUUAACAACAAAUGAAUCGCCAACGUUUGUUGAUGAGAGUAAUAAAACCAACAGUAAAAAUGAUAUGUCGAAGUCAUCACGUCAUUUCUUUUUAAUUUUAGGAAUGUGCGUUGAAGCCAUGUGUAAUACAACCUCGAAACAGCCAAUCUCUAUAAUUCAUACAUGUCUACGCUGUAUUCUCUGCCUGUUAAGUCGAUCAAAAUUUCGUGCUUAUCUUAUGCAAUCAUCAACAGAAAUAUCUAUUGAACUGUUACAAGUGCUACACAGACUUCUAUUGACACGAGAUUGUAUUGAAACGCAUUUAUUAUGCCUAGCCAAUAUGAUUCAUAUACUGAUAGCUGCUAAUGAACGUUUAACUAAAGAACGUGAUGAUUGGUUAACUAAAGAAUCAUCAUCAUCAAAUAACAAUGCUACAAGUAUGUUCAUUUCACCAGAAUUGAAAACAUCCAAAAAGAAUUGUAUGAUGACAUCGAGUAUAAUGCUCCAGACAACCGGUCUAAUUGAUGCACAAAUGUAUGAACACGGGGAAGGUGGAUAUUUAGCGAAAUUUUUUGAUCGAAUUAAUGAUGCUGACAAUGUCGAUUGUGACAACAACAACAGCAACAAUACUACAACAUCUAUUGAGAAGAAUCAAACGAUGAUGACUACAUCAAAUAAAUAUGGGAAAACAUUUGCUGGCCUACAUCCUGAACGAUCGAUUGUAUUCACGUGUUUAGAGAUUGUUGUCUGUAUAGUGGCACGUUAUCAACCACAAAUUAUUAAACAAUUACGUCUUUCAAAUACAGAUAGCAAUAACAAUAAUAAUAAUGAGUCAAAAACUUAUAAUAUAAUUCCAGAAACAAUAUGCGCUAAUGCUAUCAAUGCACCGCGUAUUCUAGCCACAGCUUUAAAAUCAUUGAUCCCAUUAAUUGAUCUUUGUGCUCCAAGAACACUUUUGAGUACACUAAGGUUGGCUAAACAAAAUGCAAAUACACAAUCCAACGAUGGUAUUCAUAAUAGGCAAAUACAAAUGAAUACGGAAAGUGAAACAAAUCAAUUGGCGUCAUCAGAUUCACAAUCAACAACAACAACAACUACUACAGCUCAUCAACAAGAAUGUUUGUUGCCUAUUCUUUUAGAUUUAGCCAAUGAAAUAACAAAGUGUGUAUUGUUAAAACCAUUACAAUGUUCAAAUAGGACAAAUAAUCACGUAUUGAAGGAUGAUUCCCGAGUGAUGAAAUCAACUGAAAGUAGCAGUAAUACUCCUAGUAAUAAUAAUAGUAAUCUAGUCAAUAUGUUCAAAUCCUGUGAUUUAGCAGGCUAUCAUCAAUCAUCGAAUUCUUUCACUUCAUGCCUGAUGAUCGGUGAUGAUGACACAGAGAUAUCCUCGACAACCACAAAUUUAUCUGUAGGCAUGCAUGAUGAUGGCUUAGUAGGCGCAAAAUCCUAUAGUAAACGCCAGCAUUAUUAUCGUUAUAUAGGCUAUUUAAUUGGUGGUUGGACGGAACAAUCAACUGAAUUAGCCGAGGCUUACAUAACUGUGAUGCAAAAAUUAGCUGGACAUCAGUAUCCUGCUAUAGCAGCUUCUGCUUCACCUGCACAUGAUCAUGAUGCCUGUAUGAUGACUAAGUCAACUGGUGUUGUCAAUUCACAGACUACUGAAAAUCAACCGGAUAGUAGUAGUAUUACAACAACAAAUAUGCAAGAACAAAUAAUAAUUGUUAAUUCAAAUGAUGCUAUUGAUUUGGAUAUGAGUAGUCAGUCGUCUUCUACAUGUGGUGAGGAUAGGAUGAAAGAACAGGUAUCAGAGCAGAACGCUUGCGUUGAAUGGUAUCGUUUAAUUUCAAUGAAUUUAUUGUCAAUUCUACAACAUGAUCACAACAAGGAGACUGAGACUGAUGUUUAUCCAUUACCGAGAUGUUGUUUAGCCUCAGCUUAUCUAGUCAGUCGUAUAUGCAACAGUUGUCCUCUACAAGUGUUCAAAUCAUCAGAAUUAACCAGUGUAUUGUCAAAUUUACUUUAUCGUGGAUGGAAUCUACCGAAAUUGUUGGAUAAUUCACAAACAGAUGUCCUGACAAAUGGAAAUGUUAAUUCAUCCCCUGAAGAUCCACUAAUACUUAAUAACCUGCUGAAUUCAAAAUGUUUACAAAGUCGAAUUAUCUGUUUAGGAUCAUUUGAAUCGUUGUGUAGUCAUCAUGAACCUUCAAUUAGUGCAUUGUUCAUAAAAACGCUAACACCUCAAGUGUUUCGUUGGUUAUAUGAUCUAACAAAAAUUGUUGAAAUGCACUCCUCUUCUUCUUCUAAAGACCACCAACAACAACAACAACAGAAACAACAAAAGUUACUCGAUAAAUCCUCUGAUAUAUACCAUAAUCAAAUUAAUCUAGAAGAAUUAACAAUUUGUUUAAAUACCUCAUUUGAUUUACUUACUUCAUUAAUCAAUAAAGCGGAAAAUUCAAAUCGUCAAGCUUUAUUAUUAAUCUAUUUAUCAUUAUUAUGUAAUCUACUUUCUAAUGAUUCAUCUAUGCUAUCGAAUCAAUGUCAUAGUAAAAAUAAUAAUUCUACUUAUAAUUCAUCAGAUUUAUUUUAUUUUAUACAUACAAUAACAUUGAAACAUGUCAUAACAAUAGCUCCAUGUUUUCCAAAUGAAUUUCGUUCUGCUUUUCAAAUUCUUGGUGAUUUAAAACAACGUUUAGAGAAUGCAAUCAAAUUUUCUACUCCUCUUGUUACUAAUACUAAUGCUGCUGCUGGUGGCGGCAGUAAUGGUAGUCAUGGUAACAAUAACAAUAUAUCUGUUCAAAAUCAAUUAAAAUCUCAUAUCAUAAAAGGCAUACCAUUUAAUGCCUAUCAUCAUCAGAAUAAUAGAUCUGUUACGGCUAAACAAUCUCAAGUUUCUUCACCAUCGAUCAAGUUGAAAACUGAUUUCAGUAAUUUCACAUGAAACGAAGCAUGAAGACCACGAAGAAAGUGUCAAAAAAUGUCAGAUUGUUCAACGCCUGUUUAUAUAUGACUUAUAUCCAUAUAUAUUCCACUGAAGUAUAUGCAACAGUCAAAUUACAUACCGACUCCGACUCCCCCCUCCCCCGUCUAUAUACACAUCCUUAUGCUGCAUAUUUAAAAAGUGUGCUUGUGUGUGUGUGUGUGUUUAUGUGAUCAAGACGUUGCUUCAUUUCGAUCUUCUGUUGUUGUUGUCGUCAUCGUCUAUACGUUUAUCUCUUCUGUUCGUCUAUGCGUGACACACACACACACUCACAAAGUGACGAACUCUGUCACCACCACGAUUUUACUAUGAGUAGUAGUAGUAUAUUGGUUGGUGAACAGUGAUGAUUAUGCAUUUGUGUCCGGUUAAACUCCAUGUGGUUCGCUUAUUUUUCUCUCUCUCUCUCCCCCUUUCUUCUAAAGCCUUCUUUGCUUCUUCAUCUCGUCACAGUGCUUUUUACAAAUUUUAUGAGGCGGCGAUAAAAUGCUUUCAUCAUUUCUCGUUAUCCUCUCUUGUUGUUUGUUAAAACAAUCUAUUACCUCGUUGUGUUUUUAUUAUUAUUACUAUUAUUAUUAUUUUCUAUACUUUUAAGAGAUGUUGAAGCUUAAUACUUACUUACUUGUAUAUUCAUGAUCGGGUGUGUUUGUGUGCACAGCUGUGAGUGCGUGUGUGCGUCCAAGAAGAGUUUCUCGUAGGAAAUAUGACACAGCCACACGCACACAAAGAUGCAUGCGCGCACACUUAUUUCAUUAUUACGUUUUAUGUCUUAGAUAGAAGUGAGUGUCUCCUCCCCGCCCCCCCUCCGCCUACUGAUACCAUCCAUCCAUCCAUCUACUACCAUUCAUAUCAUAUGUGAAGUCUGCAUAUACCACAUACGACUUGUCUUCCCUAAAAGACCUACCAUAUAUCGAUCUAUCUAUCUACGUAUAUAUCCUUCUUUUCUGCGUCUUCUUCUCCUUCUGUGGAGUAGAAGAAGAAUACAAACCAACUCUUUAAUAUUGCUUGUCUUUCUUCAGAGAAUCAAUAAUAUUAAUAAUAAUAAUACAUCAUAAUGCAUUAUUUUAUGUGUCCAAUUUCUGUGUUAAAUGAAAUUAUCUUUAUGUAUGAUACCGUUGGCGCGCUUACUUAUUAUUAUUAUUAUGUGAUAGUCCUUUUAUUGCUUCUGUUGUUGUUGUUGUUGUUGUAAUCGUCUUUAUCGUUGUUGUUGUUGUCCUCAUCAUCAAACAAAACACACAACCUUUUCUUUCAUUUUUUCUUUCUUUCGUUUUCUGUGCUUACAGUCAAGAUAAUAUUGAUUGAUUGAUCAAUUGAUCGAUUAUGUGACCACUUUGACUUUUUUUUAUUAAAAAAAUCAAUAUUUUUGUUUUCUGA